AUGCCAAAAAAUAAAGGAAAAGGUGGUAAAAAUCGUCGUCGUGGUAAAAAUGAAAAUGAUAAUGUCAAACGUGAAUUAAUACUUAAAGAUGAUGGACAAUCUUAUGCACAAGUCACACGCAUUUUAGGUAAUGGUCAUAUAGAAGCAUUUUGCUUUGAUAAUACAGGUGGAAAAAAACGAUUAUGUCAUAUUCGUGGUAAAUUACGUAAAAAAGUAUGGAUUAAUCAAGGAGAUGUUAUUCUUGUUGGACUUCGAGAUUAUCAAGAUGAUAAAGCAGAUGUUAUUAUGAAAUAUCUUUCUGAUGAAGCUCGUGAACUGAAACGUAUUCAUGAAAUUCCUGAUAAUGUUAAUAUUACUGAAACAUCAACGAACAAUAAUGAUGGAUUUGAAGAUGUUGUUUUCGAUGACAGACACAAUAGUGAUGAAUCUAGUGAUGAAGAACAACUGCCAAGAAA